UCAUUUCCGUGGUGUAAACAAUGGUAGAGCGCUGAGAUUUGUAAAGAAAGCCAACGUUACACCAUACCCUAGUACAUUCGAUUUAGUUUUAAAUAGUGCCUCUAUUGCGCCCAAUCAUGGCCAAUAAUAAUAUAAUCUUUACACCCUUUUUACCACUGAAGAAGAAACCCGAUCGAGAUUCUGAGUGGAGAAAAUUAAAGGACAAAUCCAGAAAUCGGAUUAAUAUCGGAGAAGCUUUUACCAGAUGGAGGAACCUCAAGGAGGAGAAAUCUAUGCCUACAGAUGCCGAAGUUGCUUUGUUUUUGCUUGACAGGUUAGCUGCCCCCCCUCCACAACCUGCUGCCCCCCCUCCCUCCCCAGAAGAUAUCAUCGUGAAAAUCGACUGCCUGCUGCAGCUGUUUCAGCGGUGUGAGCAGUGCAGGCGUGAGAGUGUGAUCCAGACACAGGGAGACAGGACAUGCCUCUCUGUGACCCAACACUGCCAGAGCUGCAACCACCUCAGGACAUGGGAAAGCAACGCAUCUACUGUCCAGACAAUGCGCAAAGGAAAUGGGGACGAGCCACAGAAUAUUCAGGUUGACAUGCAGGUGGCCCUGCCAUCUGAGGACACAGAUGGAGCCUUGCCGUCUGAGAACCGAGAUGGGGACAUGCCAUCGGAGGACAGAGAUGAGGCUCUGGAUCUGACUGGCUCUUUGGAGAUGGAGGUGACUGUAGACCAGCCACCAAGACCAGGAGGAAGUGGCAUGUCCCUGGUGUGCCAGCGUGCCUUUGCCCAGCUCAGCCAGCUGAAGUCCCACCUGCGCGUCCACACUGGGGAGAGGCCCUUCCAAUGCCAGCGCUGCGACAAGAGCUUCAACCACAACGUCAGCCUCAAGAACCACGUCAGACGCUACCACAGCCCAGACUCAGGGCUGGACCCUGAUGGAGGCACAGAAGUUGAGGAACAGGGGGGGAGGAGGGAAACCGAUGGCAGGACUGGGCAGGAGGGAGGGGAGGUGAGAUCGAGGAAGCCUCGGCAGCAGGUAGAGCUUACCUUUAUGACUGAGUGGGAGAUGUGGGCAGGAGGAGAGAGAGCAAAGAGAGUGGAGGAGAAACCGAGGAAGAGGAAACACCAGUGCAAUGAUGAUCCUGUAUUCAUUAGUGCACACUGUAGCAAAACAUUUUUGUAACCGAAAAUGAAAACAAGUGUUUGUUAUUGGACAAGUUCAGGUACUGCCUCUCCAUUUUGGCCCGUUUGCUUCCGAUUUGUUCUUAGUGAAUUACUUUUUUAAAAAUUGAACCUUUAUUUAACUAGGCAAGUCAGUUAAGAACAAAUUCUUAUUUACAAUGACGGCCUACCCCAGCCAAACCCUAACGACACUGUGGGAAUCCCAAUCAUGGCCGGUUGUGAUACAGCCUGGAAUCGAACCAGGGUCUGUAGUGAUGCCUCUAGCACUGAGAUGCAGUGCCUUAGACCGUUGCUUCACUCGUGAGUCCCAAGACUAAGAGCAGGAAACAUCUCCUGGCACUAGAACUUGUUAUCCUCAUGUUCUGUCUUUGAACUUAUAACUUUUUUGGAUUCCCAGAACCUGAUUGAAGAAUCUAAAAUAUAUUUAGAUUUGUUCAACUCUAUUUUGGUUACUGCAUGAUUCCAUAUGUGUUAUUUAAUAGUUUUGAUGUCUACACUAUUCUACAAUGUAGAAAAUAGUGCAAAUAAAGAAAAACCCUUGAAUUAGUAGUUGUGUCCCAACUUUUAAAUGGUAGUGUACAGUAUCAGUCAGAAGUUUGGACUCACCUACACAGUUAUGGUUCAACACAUUGCACAUUAAAUGUGUAAUGUUGCCCUAAAAUUAUUAUUCUGUACUCUAUAUGGUGUCAUGAUCACCACUGAUCACACCUAGUUUGUGUGAUGUUUCAUAUAUGUUAAUAGCAGGUAAUGCACCAGGAUCUAGUUUUGAAUGCACCAGUAUCAGAUUUUUCAACCCAGGUACUAGCAACAUAUGGGCCUCGAAAGUACUCCGCCCCAGCUUAACACUUUAAUCAUUAUUAAAUAUCAUAUUCCAUUAAUGUAAAGCUAAAAAUAUAUAUAAGAAGUCUCAGUCGGAGUUAGAUAACCAUGGAAGAAUGAAUAAGCAAAGUUGGGUAAAGUAUAAAAAGAUCAUCAUUUAACACAUGCACAGUGUCUUUUCUGGGCCUUGGCAGUCAGAUUAAUGGGGAAAUGUGACGAGCAGUGCUACAUACAGUGGGGCAAAAAAGUAUUUAGUCAGCCACCAAUUGUGCAAGUUCA